CUAUCCACAUGUGGCAGGGAAGAGUUCCGUAAAAAGGAUUGCUUUACGCGAUGACAUUCCCAUGUGAUUUGUGAAAAGCUAGUGUCCCUCAUUGUUUCCCAUCUAAGCGCCUUUUCACCAAUCAUUUUAUCUAGCUAAUGAUUUUCUGCAUAUUCUUUCCUCUAUAUAUACACAUCAUCGGGUUCAUCCUGAGCAACACAAUUCUUCAGCUUCUUAACAGUCAAAACUUUAUCUGUCGUGCAAGUCCUUUAAAUUCCUUUUCUUUUUCUUUUGUCCUCUAGAGAAUAUAAAAGUCAUGGGUUUCCGGUUGCCCGGAAUUUUUACCGCCAAGAAAAGUCUCAUUCGCUCUCUAUCUAGUUCAAACCAGACAGCUGAUUCAAAAACCAUAGAUAUCCCAAAAGGGUAUUUUGCAGUCUAUGUUGAGGAGAGCUGGAAGAAGCGCUUUGUAAUUCCAAUAUCAUAUUUGAAUAAGCCUUUGUUCCUGGAUUUGCUUACUCAAGCUGAGGAAGAAUUUGGGUAUGAUCAUCCCAUGGGUGGUAUCACAAUCCCCUGCAGUGAAGAUACCUUCCUUCAUCUCACUUCUGGCUCGAGUGUAUGAGUCUGCGUGAAUCAAUCAUCAAAGAAUCCAAUGCAUCCACAUUUCUAAACUCGUGAGUCAAGCGGAUGAAGAAUUUUGAUAUGAUCAACUGAUCAUAUCCAAUGCAUUACAGAAGACACUGAGUUGAAAUGAAGAUAAGGCGAGGAUUCGUGCUCCAUUAAUUGAAUUGUCUCAAUCUUAUAACUUGAAACAAAACCUUCUGCAUGUAAUCAUGAAGCUGCGGGUGAGUUGAGCAGAGAGACAAAAAAAAGAUUACACAAGAAAAACGAGAAUUUAUGAAGCAGACAAAUGAUGAUAUCCUGAACUUCCUACAAUGUUUAAAUACAACCACAUCCUAGCUCCACAACAAGAAGAAAAUAGGAAAUUACAAAUAUCAUAAAAAAUCCAUAUGAAAAAAAAAAAAAAAGAAGCAAUUUAAUCAUAUUGUAGUUCUCUUCAGAAUAUAUUGUCGAAAUCAACUUUUCUUUCGCUUA